UUUUGGCCUUAUCUGAUCAGUGUCACUUCCUUCCAAGACCAAGUCGAGAGACUCGCCAGAUCAGUAAUAAGUUUAAUAGAGGAGAAUGCUUAGACAUAGAAACAAGACUCCAGUUCAAGGCAGAAACGAGGCACCAAAGACCAGUCCUAUAAUAGCAAGACAUGUCAGUAAGGAUUAUGCACCAUUACCUGUUCUGGAGGUAUUCAUCUAUGCUGCAUUUAUCUGUACAGUGUUUACAAAGGCUUUCCUUGCACUAUAUGAAGCUUCCAAAGAAUUCAAAGAUGUUCUCUACUCAUUCAACUUUGAAGAAGGCUGGUACAUAUUCUGGAACAAAGAUAAGGAUAUUGGAGACUAUGAGUGGACCCAUUGGAGGAAGAUUUUCUUUUCUCCUGGUGUAUUGAUUGUAAUGGUACUACAUGCUGCUCUAGGAAGGAUUGUGGGUUAUGUUUAUCCCAAGUAUCGGACUGUGUUCUUGCUCUGCUUUGCUGUGGUCAGCAUUUAUCUCUUUGUUGGUCUUCGACUCCUCUUAUACUUCCUAUGUCAUUCCUUGUUCAUCUAUACAAUAACAUGCACUGGGAGCAUGUCUACAGUUUGGUUUAUUGUGCUGUUGCAGAUAGCUUCUAUCAACCUCAAUUUCUUUCUUCAAUUCCAGCGGUAUAUAUUCACAGAUGAGGAUGAUCUGAACAUGAUGAUUUUCACUUUAGCAAUGUGUACUUUAAGACAUAUCAGUUUUGCUUAUGAGUUCUGCCACUACCAUUCCACGCCUGUAGCUGAUAGACCUGCAGAUAAACAGUAUUGGAAUAUUUUAGAUUUCCUACUCUAUAUCUACUACUUGCCUCUCUUCUUUGGUGGACCUGUUCUCACAUACGAUAAAUUUUCUAAACAGAUAAAUUUAAGAAUCCAUAUGUUGAACAUAGUUGAGUGGAAGCACAUAUUGAAGGAGCUUUUCAGGUACAUCUUCUGGGCCAUGUUCAUUGAAACCGUCCUUCAUUUCCUGUACUUCCCUGCAUUUCAUCAAAGGCAGACCCUAUUCAAUAGCUUGUCAGUAUGGGCUGUGGGUGGUUUAGGUCUUUGUCAGCUGCUCUUCUUCCAGAUGAAGUACACAGUGAUGUAUGGUCUACCAAGAGUUCAUGCAAUGUUUGAUCACAUCAAUGCUCCUCUUCCACCUGUUUGUACACUAGGCAUGUACUUAUUCCAAGAUUUCUGGAGGUACUUUGAUAGAGGUCUGCAUUCAUUGCUUGUGAGAUGUAUAUACAUCCCUCUUGGAGGUUCUAGAAGAGGUAUUGUAUGGCAGAUCAUGGCUUCAAUCUGUUGCUUCUCAUUCGUCUGCUUCUGGCAUGGUGCUGAUGAACAUCUUAUCUACUGGGCUUUAUUCAACUGUGUUGGACUCCAGACUGAAGUUCUGAUUGGAAAACUUGCUCAUUGGACUUGUCUGAAUAAUAUGCUGCUGAAGUACUUGUCAGGUGGAAUGUAUAGAAGACUGAUAGCUAUACUCCUCACUCCUAACUACAUGUGCCUUGCUCUAUCUAACCUGAUCUUCCUUUGUGGGAACAGAACAUCUUACUCAUAUUAUGAUCUUCUUGUAAGGCAAGACUGGCCCAAUAACUGUCUUACUACAUUCUUUACUUUCUACUGCACCAUCCAACUCAUCAUGUCCAUCAAUAGACAGUAUGGUAAAGACUUCAUGUGUAACAAGUUUUACUAUCGCUCAUGGUAAGACGUUUUUAAAUUCAACAUCUCUCUGUAUUGAGCUCCUGCUAUGUGUCAUUUGUAACUUGUUUUGAAGGAGAAGCAACUCAGAGGAAGAUUUCUUCAAAUUUGUGGCAAUAUUUUAGCAUAAAUUGUAACUUUGUAACACUACCUAAGAUUUUGUCCCUGCUGACUGACAUACCAACAAAAACUGACUGAGGUUUCGAGUUGAAGGAGUUUUGGAGACACUAUUUCCUUUUUCCGUUCAUCCAAUAAGAAUAUUUCAAAUACUCUUUUGAAAUAUAGUACAACUACUUUGUAUGAAACUACCUUAGUACUUCGGAUGCAUAUGCAUUGCAAAAUACACUUCAAAUGUUUGAUUUUUUUCACCUUGAAUCAUACCUCUAAGUUUCUGAGCAUGAGCAAAAGUUUUGGACCUGCCAUAUGAAGGUGUCUUGUGAAUGAACCCAAACAAAUGCUUUCAUAAAUGCAGUCAUUUACUGUAAUCUCAUUUCAACCUUAGAUUUCAAAGUCAUAUGCCGUCCAUAUAAAGUUUUAUACAGUAUAAUGGGCCUUUUCUAAUCAAUUUCAGCCUCUUGCCAAAGAAUUUCAGAUGACCAAAGUGCUUUAACGUCACUUCAAAAUAUUUUUUCCUUUGGAUUAUUAGUCCAAUACUUUCACACAGUUUGCUUUGUUACCUACUUGUAUGAACCCAAAUAUCUAUGUAAAUUUGUUAUGAACUUGGAUGUACUGUUUGUGAUUUCAAGUUCAGUGUGGGGGUUGUUCUUGUUGUCAGGGGCAUGAAUUAGGCACACUAACCAAGCUCCAAAGUAGGUUUACAGAAAGUCUCUUUAUUGAUAGCUCAAUAACUAUUUUGGCCAGUCCAAGCACCUCUUUUAGUCAGAUUCUGUGCUAUGGGUGGUGUAAAAUUAAUCCAACAGCAACACCAGCUGUCCAAACUGGACCUGAAGCCAUUAAAUGGCUGUCAACAUGGUAAAAAUGAUGAUGAUCUAAUAAGUAUUCCUGUACUAUAGAAAUUUCAAGCACACAUUACUUGGCUGAAGAUUGAUUAACAUAGUUCACAUAUUCAAUCAAAAUAUUAUUUUCACUUGUCUUUCAUAAUAAUACAAGGUGUCUUAUUUGUAGAUAUGUGCUUUUGUAAUUUAUUUGAUGAUAAAUUCUAACAGCCAGUUUCUCAAUUAAGUUUAGGAUAUUUUAUAUGGUAAUCAAUUACUUCCAUUGGAAGCUCUUGCAUGAAUACUUGAAAUAUGUUCAGCAUUUGUAUUUAGUGCUGUGCAAAAAUUAUGGUAUUAUAUUGACCUUGCAAUUCAUGAAUCAUUUUACAUAUUUAUUGAAAAUUAUUGUCAUACUUGUGUGUGAUUGUAUAUUAUUUCUUGACUUGGAAUGUUGCAGGGCAAUCAUAGCUCUUUUAGGAUUUUUGCAUCAUAUGUUGCCAAGUGAUGAUUGGCAUAUUCAGUUUUUUCAAUAUGCUGAAACCAAUUCUGUAAAUGCUGCUUUCACAUUUUAUAUUAAUUCACAUACCAAAAAUAUAUUAAGGUCAUCUUUCAUUGCAAAACUUGAAAUAAGUAUGAUGUACUUACAGUGAAAUUUAGAAUUUGUAGUAAGAAUUAAUUUAAGGAUAAAUGCACUAAUGCAACAUUGGUAAUGCAAAUGAUAAUUGAUUACACAUUUGAUCAUUAAUAUCCAAUGAUGAGAGA